AUGGAAGAUGCGGCCGUGCUGAUAGAGAAUACACCGGAUGACAUCGAGAAAGCUAGACGAGCCGCGGACGCUUUCCUCGAGGAACUGGCAGCGGAAAUCAUGUCUGCCUGCGCAGUGGCCGAGGGAGGCGAGCAAAGUGCCGCUCUAAAGAUUAUUGAAGGGGAUGAUGAGAUGCUUGUCUCUGAAGGUCAGGUGAAUGUCGACGAUUCUGGCACCGAGGACAGCGAUUCUGACCUUGUUCCACAGCCUGAUCCGGCGAUCGUCCAAAAGCCUGACGGAACCCUGCUGAGACUGGUCCGGGAACCUCAAUUUGGACCCGUCGUUGUCUCUCUCUUCAAGUAUCGGGAGAACGCUAUCGUCAACCAUCGAGCCAACCGAAAGACUACUUCCCAGUUGAUGAGAGAGUCUCGUGUGCCGUAG